CCCGAAGUCCGCAAGGCGACUAGCUCGCAUCGCUGGAUUUCUCCUAAUUUGAUAGCGACUAGGCAGCAGACAGCCACUAAUGCUCAGCCUUGCAAGUUGAUUGCUGAUGGACGCCUUCAGUUGGACGGAUCUCUGCCGCCACGCUUCCGUAAUCAUCGUUUUGCUUGCCGGUAUCCGGGUACGGUAAUAAAACUAUCGGUGUGGUUUGCCGUCGGCAGUUGGGCUUUGUUCGCCGUGGAGGUGAUCGUCAAGGUCGCAUCGUGUCUAGUUGUUGUCCGUGGAGCAAAAAGUUUAAAGUCAGUCAUUGUUUGUGUUUUGUAUCGCUGUAAUAGGCAAUCUAUUCGACAGCCGGAGCCCUGCGGCGGUGACUAAUGGUGGCUGUCGUGCUACAGACAGUAUGCAUACAUCUUCAUUAAAUAAUAAGUUUCCGUGCCUCCGCGGAUAGAUUGACUCAUAAAUUAACACUCUUUAACGUAUACCAUUUACUCUGUGCUACUGUAAACUCAGGAACACUAAAAAACCACUUCUACUUUGGUGUUCAAACUCUCUGACUGUACAGCUGUACUCACUACCCUCUACAACCACGCGCCACAGCAGUUUGAGCCACGUUUGCCCUGCUGCGCCGCGUCAUCUACACUAAUGAACGUGGCGAGUCACUCACCCAAAUCAGGUAAUUGGGCUCAAGCAACCACAGGCCAUCUGCUACUGGCCAUCUGUCCUUUCGGCGUUGCUGCACUUGAAUUAAAUUUCUCCAAAGUAUUCACUCCUUCGUAUUUUCAAUUUAUUGGCAUUUUUUAUUCCUUCGUAACCAGUGCAUUUUGUUGAAUUCGUGCACUACCAGCAACCAUUUUUGCAGUGAUUGGCCUGCGACCUUGACGUCACAUCUACAGUCCCCCCCCCCAUGCUCACUAUAGUCUUGAACUCAACAUCAAUCUCAUAGCCCGACAAUUCGGUCAUCCAGUCGCAUCAAUGCAUUUUUAUCAGCUUCUGUUGCUCUGCCUGCCACUUCUAGCAGAGGCAGCGAAACCCAAAAACGCCGUCCUUCUCUCGCAAGUGAAGACGCUCACUCUACGCGGCAAUGGCGCGAAAACAUCCCAUCGUCGCGUCUCUGCGGUCCCCCAGUUAAAAUGCGUCUCUCCAGAGAGCAUCUGCAAACUAUACUCCAUUGAUGUUAUGAGAUGCACCAAUGAAGGUUCUUCAUAUGGAAACGAGGAUGUUGAAUGGAGUUGUGUUGCCUCCCUACCUCCAGAACUCAAACUCGGUAGCACCGAUGUGAUCUGCGAAGGCUACGCCUCUAGCAACGACCCCUACGUCCUCAAAGGAAGCUGUGGAGUGGAAUACCGACUCCAAUUGACGGAUCUCGGCGAGAAGAAGUAUCCAGAUGUGGCAAAGACGAGCUCGUCCUUCUUCAGUAAUGAAGAUGGAAGCUUGGACUGGGGCGCUGUCAUCUUCGCAAUUAUAUUCGCCGCCGUAUUGGGUUGGAUCCUCUACUCAGCUUACAAAUCACAAGAUCCGACUCCAAGACGCCGAAAUAGAAGAACUGGAGGAAACGGAGGCGGCUAUGGCGGAGGCGGUGGUGGUGGUGGAGGUGGUGAUGGAGGUUUUGGUGACGAACCUCCUCCGCCUUACUCCAGUCCUUACUCCAGUUAUAAAUCGUCGUCAUCCUCAUCAACCUCGUCCCGGCAAAAGAGCGGAGGCUGGAAUCCCGGAUUCGGUACAGGGUUCAUGAGCGGCGCUGCGGCUGGUUAUAUGGCUGGUAGGAGCGGCAACAAUAGCAACAACAAUAACAACAGACGCAACCAAGGGGGCUCAGGAUGGCUUGGUGGUAGCUCCUGGGGUUCUGGUUCUGCCGCUGGUCCAUCUUCUUCUGGAAGCAGCUCAAGCAGCUCUAGCCAGCGUGAAAGUACUGGCUUUGGUUCUACGAGACGAAGAUGAGAGCCGGGCACCAUGUCCCAUGUAGAGAGAAUCAGCUUG